CAGCUGCGCCAGGCAGCAUGACGUCCACCUUGGAAAACUACAUCAACCCAACAGUGGCUGUGAUUACCUCGGACGGGAGAAUGACUGUGCGAACACGGAAAGGCUUUGACCAGACCAUUAACUUGAUUUUGAAUGAAAGCCAUGAACCAGUAUUCAGCUCUUCACAGGGAGUAGAACAAGUAGUGCUGGGGUUGUGUAUUGUGAGAGGCGACAAUGUUGCAGUCAUUGGAGAAAUUGAAGAAGAGACAGAUUCAGCCUUGACUUGGGCAACAUCCGGGCAGAACCUCUGAACUCUGUGGCACACUGAGGAAGAGCUGCCUGACUGAACAUCUGCAAAUCUUUGUACAGAAACUGACUAUUCUGAAGAUGAUGUAGGAUUUUUAUGAGCAUGUAAUUGUGAUUUGUUGUCAUAUGUAAAUUAAAAUAUUUCUACCAUUUUUUGA